CGCGGACAGCGACCAUGACUCGGCUCCGCAGGAAAGCUCUCGUCGCACUCUUCCUCUUCACGCUCUUCAUCUUCGGCACCAUGAUGGGGCUCAGGACGCUGAAGCCCAGCGACGGCUUCUCGGACAUGGCCCCGGGGAUGGACUUCACCGGGGAGAGAUCCGACAGGCGGCGGCCGGACGUGAAAGACGUGGUGGUGUCGCCGGGCCAGUUCCACAUGGGCAGCAGCGACACUAAAGUGGUUUUCACCAAAUCCGACCGAGAUUACAGCAUAUUCUAUGAUGUCCACAUAUUCUACUACCUGUGGUACGGCUCUCCCAGCAUGGACAACAAGUACAUUCACUGGGAUCAUGUGUUGGUGCCACACUGGGACCCUAAGAUUGCAGCCAGUCAUGCUCAAGGAAGGCACACACCACCAGAGGACAUCGCCUCGAGCUUCUACCCUGAGCUGGGACCCUACAGCUCCAGGGACCCAAAAGUGCUGGAGUCACACAUGGCCCAGAUAGAAGCGGCUACAGCAGGGGUGCUGGUGUUGUCCUGGUAUCCUCCCGGGGUGGCAGAUGACCACGGGGAGCCCACAGAGGACCUGGUUCCAGCUGUAAUGGACGCAGCCCACAGGCACAGCAUCAAGGUGGCCUUUCACAUACAGCCGUACAAAGGACGGACGGACCAGAGCAUGCACGACAACAUCAAAUACAUUACUGACAAGUAUGGAAAACAUGGCGCCUUCUACAGAUUCAGGUCCAGCACAGGGCAAGUCCUGCCUCUGUUUUAUGUCUAUGACUCCUACCUAACACCACCAGAGUCCUGGGCAGAGCUCCUGACAACUAAAGGCUCCCACAGCAUCAGAGGCACGCCCUAUGAUGGCAUUUUCCUCGCCCUCAUUGUUGAGGAGCGCCACAAACAUGACAUCCUAGCCAGCGGCUUUGAUGGCAUGUACACCUACUUUGCCUCCAAUGGGUUCUCCUUUGGCUCAUCCCACCAGAACUGGAAAGCCAUCAAGGCCUUCUGUGACGCAAACAAUCUGCUUUUCAUCCCCAGUGUCGGUCCAGGGUAUGUAGACACAGCUGUUCGACCAUGGAACAACCAUAACACCAGGAACCGCGUGAAUGGACGUUACUAUGAGACAUCCCUGCAGGCAGCUCUGUCUGUCCGCCCAGAAAUUGUCACCAUUACAUCCUUUAAUCAAUGGCACGAAGGAACACAGAUAGAGAAGGCUGUACCCAAGAAAACAGUGACCCGUUUGUACCUAGACUACCAACCCAACCAGCCUGACCACUACUUGGAGCUUACACGCCAGUGGGCCGAGAACUUCAACAAGGAGAAGGACAAAUGGCUGAUGUGAACAUGGUCUUAUUUCCCUGGUAGAUGUGCUGAGCCUGUCCACAAAUGACAUUAAGGCAGCUCUCACUGUAGAAAGACGACUUUAUGUUCGUACACCUACCUGUUCUUCUCCGUUUCUGAGCACUGUUGAUGAGCCUUGCUGAUGACUGCCCCAAAUGUUCACUCUGUCCUCACUGUUUUUAAUCACUAACAUUUUUGUACAGGUUAAUAAUGUCGCUGCUUUGUUGAAGCUUCAGGGUCACAGUGAUAGAUAAUCAUCAUUUCCUGAUGAUAAAUCAGUUCUGUAUCUGUAUCAAGGAAGCUAUGUACAGUAACUCCGCUCUGUAGGGUUGUUUUUUUUUUUUCUUAUUUUCUUAUGAUAGGAGACUGCUCUUGUUCUAAAAAUGUUCAUUCCUGUAUUUCUUUGAAGACAAAUUAAAAUAUGUGUCUGUUUACUGCUGAAGGAUCAGUAUUUGAUGUAAAGUGACAGAGGUGGCAAAUGCAACUUUCAAAAGAGCUUACAGAAAUCAUCAGAGAGCUGUCUAGAACUGUAAUGGCAGCUACCGAGUUGUAAGAUGGCCUACAUCUGGUUAUGACAGUUGAAAUCUGGUGCUAAGGUCAAUUCCCUUGUUGUAAGCAAGCCAACUGAUUAUCCGGAUGAACCAAACCCCUUUAUUUGGAGAUCUGAGUGAAUCUGAAAUGUCCAUAAUAAUCCCUACUGACUGUCUAUGUACAGGACAACUAUAGUAAGAGUUGUUGGUCAACGUUGGAAGUCAACCUGGGAACUGUGACCGAGUUUCUGUGCAAAUUUUACAGUUUGCCAGGUUCAGCUAACCUUGGGUUUGUUUAAAACCUGUCCCAUUGUUUUACAGCUUGUAUUCUUUUUCCCAUCUGACCACUUUUUAGUGAUGCUGCCACAUUCCCAGGUCCAACAAGUUGUAAUAAACUGGAAUGAUUAGCUUGUUCGCUAACAAAGACGUAUACAAGUUAGUUUAUUGGAAUGACAAGUAAAGUUUAUGGGUUGAUGAUGGUCAGGAUGAAGGGAUGAGA